UCAAAAUCACAAAGAAAUUAGCUUUUCAUUAAUAGAUGCAUAGAGUUUAGUGGUUCAAUAUCAUGGAAGAUAUGGAGAAGAUAGGAAGAAACCUCGGAGAAGAUCUUGCAGGCCCUGGGGCUCUGGAGGUGAUGGUGUCUGUUGAUUGGAGAGGCAGAGCCUGUAAGCCCAACAAGCAUGGUGGAAUGUCUGCUGCAAUAUUUGUCCUUGGGCUUCAAGCAUUUGAGAUGAUGGCAAUUGCAGCAGUUGGGAACAAUCUUAUAACCUAUGUGUUCAAUGAGAUGCACUUUCCUUUAUCAAAAUCAGCAAACAUAGUCACCAACUUUAUAGGAACCGUGUUCCUCCUCUCCCUCCUUGGUGGGUUCCUCUCAGAUUCAUAUCUUGGGAGCUUUUCCACCAUGCUCAUCUUUGGCUUUGUGGAGCUCUCUGGGUUUAUACUUCUCUCUGUUCAAGCCCAUCUUCCCCAACUGAGGCCACCCAAUUGCAACAUGAUUUCUGAUGGAGAGCAUUGCCAGGAGGCCAAGGGCUACAAGGCUUUGAUAUUCUUUGUUGCACUUUACUUGGUAGCUUUGGGGAGUGGAUGCCUAAAACCAAACAUAAUAUCUCAUGGGGCUGACCAGUUCAAGCAAUCCAAGAGGCUCUCAACAUACUUCAAUGCUGCAUACUUUGCCUUUUGCAUGGGGGAGCUGAUUGCACUUACUCUGCUUGUUUGGGUCCAAACUCAUUCUGGUAUGGAUGUGGGGUUCGGAGUCUCAGCUGCUGCCAUGGCUGUUGGCAUGAUCAGCUUCAUUUCCGGUGCACCUCUUUAUAGGAACACACCCCCUCGAGGAAGUAUCCUUACCCCAAUUGCUCAGGUUUUUGUUGCUGCAAUUACAAAGAGGAAGCAAAUCUGUCCUUCCAAUAUAGAAAUGCUUCAUGGAAGCCAAAACAAUGUGCCAAACCACCUCCUCUCUGCCUCAUCAAAUGUCACCAACCUUCUUCAUACUGAAAAAUUCAGGUUUCUUGACAAAGCCUGCAUCAAAAUCCAGGACGGGAGAAAAGAGUCUCCAUGGAAACUAUGCACCAUCACUCAAGUGGAACAAGUAAAGAUCCUGAUAUCCGUCGUCCCCAUUUUUGCAUGCACCAUAAUCUUCAAUACCAUCUUAGCCCAACUCCAAACCUUCUCCGUCCAACAGGGAACCGUCAUGAACACCCACAUCAACCAAACCCUCAAAAUCCCACCAGCUUCCCUGCAGGCCAUCCCCUACACUAUGCUCAUUUUCCUCGUCCCUCUCUACGAAACCUUCUUUGUCCCCAUCGCCCGAAAGAUCACUGGAACAGAAUCCGGAAUCACCCCUCUCCAACGAAUUGGCGUCGGACUGUUUACUGCAACUUUCUCAAUGGUAGCAGCUGCCCUGGUGGAGAAGAAGAGGAGGGACUGUGCAUUGAGUGGGAAUCAAACCAUGUCCAUCUUCUGGAUCGCUCCUCAGUUUCUGAUAUUCGGGUUGUCUGAGAUGUUCACGGCAGUAGGACUAGUAGAAUUUUUCUACAAACAGUCAUUGGAGGGGAUGCAGUCUUUCUUAACUGCAAUGACAUACUGCUCUUACUCGUUCGGGUUUUAUCUGAGUUCUAUACUUGUUUCUUUGGUGAACAGAAUCACUUCUUCUUCAUCUCAGUAUGGUGGGUGGCUUGGUGAUAAUGAUCUGAACAAGGAUAAGCUGGAUUUGUUCUAUUGGAUGUUAGCUGGUCUUAGCAUCAUCAACUUUCUCAAUUAUCUUCUCUGGUCUUCUUGGUAUUCUUACAAUCCAUCUUUAUCACCUUCUUCUGCAUCACAAGAUCAUGAGUCUCCUGAAGAAGACUUAGAAAGCAGGAGUGCUACCUCCAAUUGAUUUUUUUUUUUUUUUUCACUUGACUAUAUAUGUGCCUUUUGUAGUCAUAAAUCCCUAGCUAGGUUGAAUUAUGAUGAUUAUGAUGACCAUAAUUAGUAUCAAAUUAGGCUUUGAGUUGAUAUAUAGCUAGCAAUAUAUAUGUAAAUUAGGACUACUAAUGCUAUGGAGGACAUGAGGAUAUAUAAAUAUUGAAUAAUGCACUUUCCAAAGA